AUGAAUCUCAGUCUGAUCAUUUUCAUGCUCUCCGCGCUGGCCUCCCUGGCGCUCGCCAGGCCAAUCGUCAAUGACACACCAGGGGUCCGCCAUGCCUCGAGCGAGGUCCAUCACGGCCGAGGAGGCUCAAACAGUGGGUUACCCAUUCUCUCCAGCCUCCAGACUAUCAGUUUCAACCCGACAGGGGUGUUCACCUGGGUGAAGUCAUCGACCCACGGUGAGGGGCUGGGAGUAAUGGGCUUGUAG